UGAAUGCAGUUAUUUCAAAAAAUUGAUAGAUGAGUGAGGUUGUUUGUUAGUUUGUUUCUAUUCUAAUUUUGUUUUAGUCUUUUUUCAGGUCAGGAAUGGAUACAAGCUUCGAUUUAGUGGCUCUACUGAAGCAGCAACCUACUACCAAGAAGAGUUACAAAAUAAGGCCUACGCAGUUUGUGAGCGUAGCCGGAGGGGUCCAAAAGAGAUUGGAGACUAAUAUCAAGGAUAGAAAGAGCAGUCGCUUGUCUGUCCUUGACAGAAACAGAAGUAUCACAAAAUGCAAGAGCCCCAAGGCACCAAAGCUUUCCGAUGCCCAGCAGAAAGCACUGCACAGAAAACAGCUGUUGGAAAACUGGAAGGAAGAGAAGGACAAGAAGAAAAAGGAGGCUGCAUCACAGAAAAAGAAGCCAUUUGUUGCCGGAGUGUCGCAGAGAAGGACAUUCGGGCCUCCACCACCUCCCCCUGAGCCAAUGCCGAGCACUUCAGGCCGAGUUACAAGGUCCCAAGCUCGGCAAAAUACUGAAUCAAUGCCAAACGCACAAACAAAUACCUUUGCACCAAGUAAUGCCGCUUUUAAACCAGUUUUGAAGAAGGUAGAAAUCUUCUUCAAAACUAAAGUUCCUACCCUAGCACCUAUAAACAAAAAAAAAGCCAGCAAAUCAAAAUCUAACAUAACUUUUGAACCUGUGCUACGCAAAAAUUUGCAGAAAGAGACCAAGACCACCCGGAGUACAAGAGCACGACCAGUCGCAAACAAACCAGUGAUAGAUAACAAGAAAAAGCUAACUGAAAAAACCAAAGCUAACCCAGUAAAACCACCGCUAAAACAACAGAUGUUCCAAAGCAGUUCAUCUAGCAGUGAUAUGGAACAGCCCAGUAAACAAAGUAAGCCAAGCCAACGAAAAUCAAUUACUAAAACUCGGGAAACAGUGCCAAUGGCACAAGCGUCCACCUCCCAGGAUUCAGCCUGCGACUUACAAGAUAAUGCAUCUAUGUCAUCCCAAGACUCGCAAGUGUCAUCCCAAGACUCGCAAGUGUCAUCCCAAGACUCGCAAGAUGCCGUAAUGUCCCAAGCAUCAAUGUCAUCACAAGACGAACUAAGUACUCCCAGAAACAAGGUCCCUAAGAGCGAGUCUAGUUCGGAAGAGAAGCUUCGUUCUCCAAAGGCGGUUGAUAUGCCGCAGACGCCGGAACAGGUUUCAGAGGCGGUUAAGAAUAUCAGUCCAUGCGUCACAAUGUCGCGAGGAAAGGAUAAUGCUAGGAAAGAGAUGAAGAAAAAACUGGAAGAAGGACUGUUGGAUGAGGAUAACAGCAACAUGGAAAGCGUGAACCACUUCCGUCGGCAGCUGAACUCUGAGAUGGUCCGCAUUACUGCCAUGUGCGAGACCUGGGACCAGAUUUUUGCUCAGACCGUACUGCCGGAGCCUAUCCAGGAGUUAGUGCUGACAGCAGUGGGGCAGGCGCGGCUGCUGAUGUCGCAGAAGUUGCAGCAGUUCGCGGGGCUGCUGGAGAGUUGCGCGCGGCCCACGCCGGGGGCGGCGCCCGUCACCCCGGCCGACCUGCACGGCUUCUGGGACAUGGUGUUCAUGCAGGUGGAGAACGUAGACAUGCGCUUCAAGAGCCUCGAAGAGUUGCGGCUGCGGGACUGGAUCGAGGAGCAGAAGCCAGUGGCCAAGAGAGUGGUGGCCAAGCCGGUGGCCAAGAAAGUAGUGGCCAAGCCCACCGGAGGGCCCAGCCGGCUCAGGGAGAUGAUUGCUGCCGCAAGAAAAGCAAAGAAAGACCAAGAAUCUCAAUCCGAAAACUCGGAAUCGGAGAAGUCGGAGCCAACAGCGUCUCCUGAAACCAAAACGUUUGAGGCCGGUUUCUUCAGAAUCAGCUCUCCGAUGAAGCUAGGGUCUCCGGCCCCGGGCACACCCAACAACAAGGCUAGUCUGCUGAAAACUGUACUGUCCAGUGAAGCUAAGAAGUCCGUGUCUAAGAACUGUAUGUCGUUCGCCAUGCUGCGAGCGUCGCUGAUGAGCAAGAACUUGGACAUCGAAGGCGUGUCUCCUCUCAUGCAAACUCCAACCAUCACGGUGAACCUGGACGCGACCCCGGCGCGCAGCAUCCUCAAGCAGAACCCGGUCAGCAACAAGAAACCAGACAAGCUCAAGACCGUGCUGUUCCGCGACGACCCGUCCAGCCCCACGUCCUGCACCAGCUGUGACAAGACCGAGGCAGAGGACCCGGGAGUAGCGCCGUUGCCGGCCGAUGACAAGGAGAAUACGGCUACGACGAAACAAACUUCGGCAAGAAAGUCAAGCUGUGACAAGACCGAGGCAGAGGACCCGGGAGUAGCGCCGUUGCCGGCCGAUGACAAGGAGAAUACGGCUACGCCAAAACAAACUUCGGCAAGAAAGUCAAGGCUGUCUAGACAAAACGCCGAAGAACAGUCCAGCCCGGUCACGACCCGCAGCCGACGCAAGAGCCCACAAACCCCCCUAGCAGAGACCGAGGUACAAACCAAACGCGGCACCAGGAAGAGCGCCCAAACCCCCCUAGCAGAGACCGAGGUACAACCGAAACAUAGCACAUGGAAGAGCGCUCAAACCCCCCAAGAAGAGACCGAGAUACAAACCAAACGCGGCACAAGGAAAAGCGCUCAAACCCCCCAAGAAGAGACCGAGAUACAACCGAAACGUAGCACAAGGAAGAGCGCUCAAACCCCCCUAGCAGACACCGAGGUACAGCCGAAACGUAAGACGAGGAAAAGUGCACAAACCCCUUUAGUAGAGUCCGACACCAAUGUGGAGAAAAAACGCUCUACAAGGAAGAAAGAUGCGCAGGCGCAGGAAACUGAGACGCCUAAGCGGUCGACGCGGAGACGAAAGAGCGCUGUAGCUGUUUAA